AUGGCGCUCUACUCCCGAUUUCCGUCGCGAAUACAUGCUCUUGCAAAUGGCACACAAAAUAUACUCAAUGUGACCGUCUACGGCAAUGUCACUGGCCAACUAUACAAUGGUACAUAUCCAUCAGCGGACGAUCCGUCCUGGAACAAUCCCAAUAAUACCUUUGGAAAGAUCGUGGACUUGGAAGAUGACGCGACGAAGUACACGACGUUGUUCUCUUCCUACAACGUCCUGACUUACAACCCAUACACUGCAAAUCCCACACGCUUCUGCGACGAAACAGUCAAUGAAGAGUGCCCACUUGGUCCUGCUUUUGGUCGCAAUAGUACACAGAUUUCGGAUCUACCUGGUUACUUUACCUCACAUGACUUGGGUUCAUCUUAUUCAUUUUCCACAAUCGAGGCAAACACUAGAAUCCAAUCUGGCUCUUCUCGCGCCCAAUUUUACGCUUGCGUCAAUGCAUACAUUACUCCCGACCUAGGGAGCGGAUUGAAACAUUUAUUGACGUACCUACCUCUGGGUCUCCUCAUUGUCAUUGGUGUUGCUACUAUAUCUGCCGCUAUGUUCAGUCCCUGGGGCACUAUCGACAUCUUCCGCUGGACUAGCAAUUAUGGUCGGGACGAGGAUGUACUACGACUGGUCACUCCUGGUUUCGGCGAUUGCCUUCAGUAUAUCCAAUUUAUUGUCUUCAGUGGCAGCCUUAGUUUACACUACCCUGGCUACUAUCAGCCCGUAGUCAGUAGGCUUGGAUGGUCUACUUUGCUGUUCAACGAAAGCCUGGUCACUGGUGGCAAUGGUACUAUAGCUAUUGCUGACGGGAUCUAUCAUUAUCGCCGCAACUCGACUCGAGGACUCGAUCGUAUGACACAACUUAUUGGCAUGACCUCACCAACUGAUGCAUGGGCCGACAUGAUGGUCUGGCUCGUGGUCAUCAUGACAGCUGUGGUAGUCCUUACUCAAGUUGGUUUCCUUCUGAGAUGGAUCUACCGCCAAGUCAAGGAUGUCGCGCCAGAAGAUCUGAGAUCAAAGAACUGGUACUUCUCGUUCGGAAACAUUGUGCGCAUAGCCCUGGGCUACUUCCUUCUGCCGCUGGUCGCCCUUUCCAUGUUCCAGUUCAUCAUUGCAUCAUCAGGCCCGACCUAUGCUGUUGCGCUUGCAGCCUUGGUGCUCGCUUUUGUUAUUGCCUUUGCCGUCUGGAUGACUUAUCAGUUUAUUCGCAUUCGGCCAAAAUCAUUCCUGUUUGACGAUUUACAGACCGUGCUCCUGUACGGACCUCUCUACAACACAUAUCGAGACGAUACUGCGACCUUUGCACUAGUUCCAAUAUUCGUGAACUUUUUACGUGGCAUUGCUAUUGGUGCAAUCCAAGAUUCCGGAAUCGCCCAGCUCGUUCUGCUUGCGAUAUGUGAGGUUACCAUGAUUCUCUCACUCAAUAUCAUCCGUCCGUAUGCGUCUACCACUUCCAUGAACCUGUACCAGACCUGUUUCUCCUCAACCCGGCUCUUCACGAUUCUGCUCUCUAUCGCUUUCGUUCCGACCCUCGAUAUCACUACCGCCACCCGUGGCUGGAUCGGCUAUGUUAUACUGCUCAUACAUGCCUGUGUGAUCAUUUUUGGCUUCUUUUUGAAUGCCCUACAGACACUGGUGGAAGUCGUCGCCAGGCUUGCUGGAGCAGGUGGAAGCAGUGGCAGUGAUGCCGCUCGAGGUGGUCUGGUCAAGGUUUUCGGCAUGAGACAACUCUCACGACGGCGAGCACGCAGAAACCCUGAUCCUGGUCACAGGUCAUCGAUGGGAUCGAACGCCCAUAUGCUCGCUGCUUCUCCCGAAAAACCACCAAUGGCCAUGACUCAGACACGCAGCCGAAGCCUAUCGGCAAGCUCGAACUUCCUGCUCGACGACACUAGGAUGAAGCGAGCAAGUCAAGGUCCGGAUGGCUCAAGCCAGGGACGACAAACACCUGAUGGCAUGAGCACGAUUUCCAGACUGAGUAGAACCUUAGCAUCUCCAGGUGGAUUGGUAGGGCUGUCGAACAAAGAGCCGCGGGAUCCUUACUAUAGACCUCCACGCCGAAAUACAAAUGACUUCAUGACAGCAGCUGGCAGGCCAGUCUUAUCGAACGAAGACCAGAAAGAGAUCGCUGUGACAGAAGACGCAAUCGACGAUAGGGGUGAAGGAUCUUCGCAUAACAGGCAAGACGGGGACGAAUACGACGAGGAUGGGGUCGAGCUAACCAAGAGCAAGACUGAUUACGCAGUGCGCGAAGUCGACUUCUAUUAUGGCGUUCGUGGGCCGGCACUAUCCGGCUCAGGCGGUACAAGGAGGAUGAAAACAGGUCCUGCAGAUCCUACAGGUCGUGUAUCCUCCGCUCGAGGCUGGUUCAAAGGUAUGCUUAGGGGUAAGACGAAAGAGAAUUCCAAAGGCUUUGAGGUCGUAAGAAGUGCAAAAGCGCCUCCAGGUACAUUUCCGCCUCCUGUGGAUGAGGAGGGAGCUGGGGAGGAGCUCACUUACAGGGACUCCGUGCAAGCGCCAGAGGGUAAUGCAGCUGCGCGCCGCACUUUGGAGCGACGCAGGACACACGAGGACGACGCUGUUUCGUUCUCGACAGCUGGAGAAUCGUGGAUGAGCCCGAUUCCAAGAGCACCGGCUCAAGCCCCUGCACUACCUUAUAUCGAUUCAGUGGGUGGUAUUGAGCUACCAAGUCGAGUCGGUUCCGAGGCCUCGCGCAGGCUACCUCCACCUGUUGACGAGGAUGUCCCACCAGUGCCUCCUGUUCCUCGCAAAAGUUCACGCAGAGGUUCCAGCCCUGCUUCCUGGCAAGGAGAGUUGCAGUCGCCAAGUCGAACUACAGCAAGAUUAGAUAGCCCUACUCGUUCGAACAGGGACUCAAACUAUUCGACAUCCGGUCAGCAACGUCUACCCUUUACGCGGACGUCGUCCAUUCAACAGAACAGGAGGCAUUCCGCAGCUAUAUCAGAUGCAUCCAGCUAUACGGACGAGCCACCUUCAGACGAGGUAGAGAACAGACCCCCUAGAGCAUCAAUCGAACGGCCGGGGAGUGUCGGCUUUGUGAGCCAACACCGCGCUAGCGACAACAUUCGAUACAGUCCACAUGAAGCACAAAUACCGCGGUUGAGCACUGUCGAGUAUGGCUAUCAGCCAAGUCGACCGACCCAGGAGACUCAACAAGCACAACAAGCACCAGUUCUGAGCUCGAAUUCGUCUUGGUCUCCAGCCUGGAAUGGUAGUAGUGCAGUCACACCAGAUGGAAGUCAGCGCUGGAGUCGGUUCAGAGACUGA